GAAACGGAGUUCGAGUCUUCGCUUCCUCCAGCACUUGAUUCCAAUCUGGCUUGCUAUUGUCAUCUUCCUGAAUCUGCUAUCUCGCCACCUUUUUUUGAUUCUGCUCCUCUAUCUUCCUCUUCUUCCUUUCAUCGCGAGGACAACCCUCUCCCUCUCGGACGAUACUCUACUGAGCACUCUUGUCCUUCCGGUGUGUUACUUGCUGUUCCAACCGAGCUUGAAUCCGCAACUGACCCAGAACGAGAAUCGUUGAUUGGCUCUUCCGAAAAGACCUCGCCCCAAUUGGGCAUUCCAGCUGAUGGUCAAUGGCCUGUUUCCACAGUCGCUACUGUGAUCGUAUCCUCCUCUUUAUCACCCUCUUCUUAUUCUUCGUCGAUCUCUUCUGCCUGUUCUGCCCUUGGGACUGCCAUCACUCCUGCUUCAUCGACGACCUCUACUUCUGCUGGGGCUUGUGGUGGCAAAAGCUUGACUUGUGCCACUGGAACGGGUUGCUUCGGGUCUCCUAGCAACCCAGGCUCCGGAGAAACUCCGCACACCCCCGAAGGAGGACUUUCAUUCUCUGGGAUCAGCACCACUAGCACAUAUCACGGUCACGGCCAAGCGGUGGCUUCUGUCGGUUCGUGUUCAUCUGGCUGCUCUACUCUAUCUGCAGGCUCUUUCACCCUCCCACUAUCAGCAAAUGGCGGGUCAAUCGCUGCUUCUUCGACUUGCCUCACCAGUCCUCAGCCUCCUUACAUUGGACAACCCACAUACAAUCACAUACGCCAGCACAGACAACAUUUUCAACAUCAACCACAGCACCAACAAUAUUUGCUUGCUGACCAAUCUGCACUAGGCUCUCCAAGUGACCAACAACAUCAGACGACUGCCCAGUUUUCCGAUAAUGACCAGCAUCAGCCAAGUGAGAUGGUUCAGGACGUAAAAGAUACAUUAUUUGACCAUCUCUGUUCAUCAGAUCUGGAUCAGCAGGGAUCCAGGAAUGGUCCUGAAGCCAAGGCCCUAUUUGCCUUCCGAUUCGAUCAGACCUUGGUAUAA